GGAUGUUACAUGGCUAAGCGGCAUAGCGACGGUCAUUGAAAUCGCGAACGCACGUCGUGCAUCCUCGCUGACGAUUCUAAUUUCUGAUUCAGGAUUUGUGUGAUUCUCUCGAAGAAGAAUAUUAAUUAAGUAUUCCUUAUACUUAAUUCACAAUGAUCUCUUGGCAGCAUGACAAUGGCGCACAUGGGUGACCAAAGUAUAUAACAAGAAGAACAGAUCACUUUUACGCAAUAAUCUUAGUUGCAUUACACACACGUGCACGCGUAGUGAGAUCUGAAGAAACCGAUUCUUCCAAUUGGUUAAACCGAUUUCGCACGUUCACCGUGUUAAGAACCGUCGUGGAGAUAUACAUCUCAUCUCACGUUAAGUGGUUUCUACAAUGAGAAUUAAAGACAUAAAGUUUAAAUUUAAGCUUUAAGCUGUAAGAAAUCGACUGUGAUUAAUCAACUUCUUAUGAUUUAAAUUUUAAAGCUUAAAUUUUAUAGCUUUAGUUCUCAUCAAGCGGGUAGAACCUGCUUUAAAUCUGCUUAAAUGACGAAUUUGAAAUAUGGAUCUAUAUUAUGAACUAAUUUGUCAUUUUAUUUUGCUGCAAGACCUCCUUGAAUCCAGUGCGAAUCUUCAAACCCGAGGCAGAGGAGGAGAAAGCAGAGAUUGCUAGGCUAAGCCUGUUCGUUGGAGUUAUUGCCAUUGGAGACUUGGUGAAAUCCACCCUAGGUCCUAAAGGCAUGGACAAGAUACUUGUAUCUUACGGCAGAUCCGCGGGACAGGUACAGGUCACCAAUGACGGUGCCACUAUUCUCAAGAGCGUUGGCGUUGACAAUCCCGCUGCCAAGAUUCUGGUUGACAUGUCUCGUGUUCAGGACGAUGAAGUGGGGGAUGGCACAACUUCGGUCACUAUUCUCGCCGCCGAACUCUUGCGAGAGGCAGAGAAAUUGAUUGAGAACCAGAAGAUUCAUCCGCAGACCAUCAUUAGCGGUUGGAGGAACGCCGCAAAUGUCGCGAUCGAAGCUCUGAAAAAUGCAUCCGCGGACAACUCUGCCGAUCCCGAGCGUUUCCGCGAGGAUCUGCUGAACAUUGCGCGCACGACGCUGAGCUCCAAGAUCUUGUCUCAGCAUAAAGAGCACUUCAGUAAACUCGCGGUCGACGCGGUCCUGCGACUUAAGGGUUCUGGUAAUCUCUCCGCGAUACAAGUUAUAAAAAAACGCGGUGCAACGCUCGCUGAUUCGUUCUUGGAUCAAGGAUUUUUGUUGGACAAGAAACCGGGUGUUCAUCAACCGCAAAAAGUAUCAGAUGCGCGUAUACUCAUUGCUAAUACAUCUAUGGACACGGACAAGAUCAAGGUGUUUGGUUCCAGAGUUCGUGUAGAUUCAAUGGCAAAAAUCGCUGAGUUAGAAACUGCGGAGAAAGAAAAGAUGAAGGAUAAAGUCGACAAGAUUUUGAAGCAUGGAUGUAACGUCUUCAUCAAUAGACAGUUAAUCUACAAUUAUCCAGAACAAUUGUUUGCCGAUGCCGGCGUUAUGGCCAUCGAGCACGCCGACUUCGACGGUAUCGAGAGACUAGCGCUAGUCACUGGCGGUGAAAUAGUUAGUACUUUCGACAACCCGGAUUUGGUCAAGCUUGGAAAGUGCGAUCUUAUCGAACAGGUGAUGAUAGGCGAGGAUACCCUUCUGAGAUUCUCGGGGGUUCCGUUGGGCGAGGCGUGCACCGUAGUUAUACGCGGUGCGACGCAACAAAUCAUCGACGAGGCCGAGAGAUCGCUGCACGAUGCGCUUUGCGUCCUGGCCGCUACAGUGCGCGAAUCACGGAUAGUCUACGGCGGUGGAUGCAGCGAGAUGAUUAUGGCUUGCGCCGUCAUGCGAGCAGCCGCAGCUACGCCGGGCAAGGAAGCGGUCGCGAUGGAAGCUUUCUCUCGCGCAUUACAGCAGUUGCCAACCGUUAUCGCCGAUAACGCUGGCUACGAUUCGGCACAGUUGGUCAGUGAGCUAAGGGCCGCGCAUAAUUUAGGCGGUAACACGAUGGGAUUAGACAUGGAAUUAGGUAAAAUCGGUUGUAUGAAACGACUGGGAAUUACCGAAUCUUGGGCAGUCAAGAGACAGGUCCUCGUAAGCGCGGCCGAGGCGGCGGAGAUGAUACUACGUGUAGAUGACAUCUUGCGUGCGGCUCCUAGGAAGCGCGUUCAAGACAGGGGACGUUGUUAAUUCAUUUAAAAGAGAAAAAAACAUUUUUAUCUCUCCCGAUUUCACGAUUGCUUGUUCUUUUUUUCUACACGCGACGUGUAGGUUGAAAUUAACUAACGUGCUUAAUGUAGAAUAUAAAUUAUAAUCUCAUUAUGUCAUUCUCUCGUUGAGGGAGCAUUGCAAUGGAUAAAAAAAGAUAAUCGUCACACACACAAGCGUAAUUACUCCAUCAUGUUUCUUCAAACGUAUAUUUACAUAUGAAUUCUAUUCUAUUCAGUUUCCUACAAAGAUUCUUAAAACUUUAAAAAAGGCAUUUGUUUCAUGUAUUUAGAAUUUUUAUAACGACACAAUAGAGAUUCAACAUUAAUAAAUGCUUUGAGAUAC